ACGAUUCAAAAACUUUCACCAAGAAGCGAUUAUGUUUGUUCCCUACUUCGUCAUCUUAACAUUAUAUUCCUUUUUGAAAUGUUCGAAAACGGAACAAAUUCUUCCUAGGUGCAAAACUCUAGGAUAUUUUACUCCAACCGUUCAAUGUUCUAACCUCGAAAACCCCAAUUCUCUUAGAGAAACUUUGAAUCAUUACAUGAACCGCACGGGAUCUUCUACAGUUCGUAAUGUCCAAAUAACGAAUUCUAACUUUCUCAACAUUCCUCACGAUCUGUUCCGAGGAUUUAGAUUUGAGCAAUUUAUUUUGGAUGACACAUCACUAAUGUCCCUCAGUGAUUCAGAUACCGCAUUUGAGGGAUUGGAAGAUAGUUUGCGUUAUUUGUUAUUAUAUAACUGUUCUGUUCUUAAUGGAAUUGAUUGGUACCAGCUCCGGAAUUUGCAAGCGUUGGAAGAAUUCGCAACAAGCAAUAUCGGAUUACAAUAUAUCGAUGAUGAGAUAAACCUUAUUGCUGGUUUGAAUUUGACAACUUUGGCGCUUAUGAAGGACGAAAUUUCGCAUAUUAGUGAUAAUGCAUUUGCGCCAUUUCUUCAACUCCAAAAUUUGAUUUUAAGCAACAAUCAAAUUUCGGAUCUGAAAAGGUAUAUGUUUCCAAAUCCUGGAAACAAGCUGAAAGAAAUUGAUUUAAGGUAA